CAAUUUUACAACUUGCAACAUUUUAUCGCAAUUGUCAACGUCAAAGCUAAAGUUGUCAAAAGUUCUUGUCUAGUCUAUUCCUUUUCCUGUUAAAUUUUCUCCUGAGAGAAACUAAAAAUGGGUCGUUACUCUCGGGAGCCUGAUAACCCAGCGAAGUCAUGCAAAGCGCGUGGCUCAAACCUCCGUGUUCACUUCAAGAACACAUAUGAGACAGCCAUGGCGAUCAGGAAACUGCCCCUGCGCCGAGCUGUACGUUACCUGAAGAAUGUGACAGAGAAGAAGGAAUGCAUUCCGUUCCGCCGCUUCAACGGUGGCGUAGGCCGUUGUGCACAAGCCAAGCAGUUUGGCACCACACAGGGUCGCUGGCCCAAGAAGUCCGCUGAGUUCUUACUCCAGCUGCUGAGAAAUGCUGAGUCCAACGCUGACUACAAAGGCUUGGAUGUUGACAGGCUUGUCAUUGAUCACAUUCAGGUGAACCGCGCCCCCUGCCUGCGCAGACGCACAUACCGCGCGCACGGUCGCAUCAACCCUUACAUGUCAUCUCCCUGUCACAUCGAGGUCUGCCUCAGUGAGCGCGAGGACGCCGUCGCCCGCGCAGCGCCUGCUGACGACGCACCCGCUAAGAAGAAGCUGUCCAAGAAGAAGCUCGCUCGCCAGAAGGAGAAGAUGAUGAGAGAAUAGACAUUUAAGGGUUAAUAAAUGAUUUUACAAUCA